UACUUCAUUUUCUUUUGCAAAAUUUAUUUUCUUUUGCAUAUAUAUGCGGCAUUAAAUUGACUCCAUAGAUGCUCCGAAAUAAAUUAAUUAGCACUAUGAAAAGUAUCAUAAGCAUAACACAAGUUAAAGGGCCAGCACAAAGCAGCGGAGCAGACUGCGGAAGUGUGAUCACUCGCAGGCUGAUUUCUCAAACUGAAAGUAACUUCAACAAAAGAAAGAGUGUUUGAACACACAACACAAUGAGCCGUCAAAUAGAAGAUGUAAUGGCGCUCUGCUGUAAGAUAUCAGAGAGCAGGCAGAUUAAAGCGGCUCUGCAGAACUCAGCCAAAGGAGCUGCUGCUGCUGGUGGAGGGGCUUUUUUAGGGGGGCUACUCGGAGGUCCACCCGGUAUAUUUCUUGGUGGAGCUUUGGGAGGCGCCAUGGGAUGGUGGAUGACUAGUGACAAAUUCCAACCUCUUCAUCAGAUCAUAAUGGAGAUGCCUCCUCAACAGAAGAGGAAACUGUACUCUGAGGUCAUGGCAGUACUGGGCAAUCUGGAUUGGGUUGACCUGGCUCAACUCAUUUUUUUAGUGAUGGGUAAUUCCUCUCUACAAAUGCGAGUACUUACUACUUUAAUCUCUUUUGCCACAAAAGAGCUCGGAGCCAAAGUGGAGUAUGGACAAACAUAGCAUGUUAAUUUCACCUGCUUAGUCUAAGCCAAGUUUGAUUAUCGGAAGAGCUUUUUUUGUUUAGGUUUUUUGAUGUUUCUGAAAGAUGUGUUUUUACUUUUAAUUUUCUUUAUUAUAAACAUGCUUGUAAGUGCUGUGAUCAACUCCUUUUCCAACAUUUCUAUUUCAAUCCAGUUUACCAGAGCCACAGAGUUUCACUGUAAACCUCAACAUGUUUAAAAUAUUUAAAUGUUUAAAAUCCUCAAAAGAAAUCUGAAUAAUUAAGCAAUAAUCUUUUAUAAACCACGUAAAACCAAGACCACCUCAUGAGCCAUUUGAGUACAGUUAAAGGGAUAGUACACUGCAAAAUGAAAGUUCAGUCAUCAUUACUCACACCACAUGUGGUGUGUGACUUUCCAUUAUAUGGACCAAUGGAUUCUGCAAAAAAAACUUUUAUAUUCUACAAAAGAAAGAAUGUCAAACAUGUUUGGAACGACAUGAGGGUGAGUAAAUGAUGACACAAUUUUCAUGUUUUGGUGAAUAGUGUUGUUUGUUCAUAUCAAUUAAAAUUUUAUUUUCUAAAACAUAGGAUAGGAUAGCCUAGCAUAGAAUAGGAUAUAGUUUGGAGGUUAUGCAUGAAUCAGAAUCACCAUUUAAUUUACAUUGUUCUUUAAGACUAGAAUACACUACACAAGUUUUAAAAUCUGAACAGAUUUUAAAACAUUAGGCAUCAUACACUUACCGACUUUCUUAAUAGCCGCCAAGGAAAACAUGCCAUCACACACUACAAGACAUCAAGUUGUUCCGAUCACAACAAACACUGUUGAUAGGAGACGCGUGACAAAUUAAAACAAUAUGCAUUCUAAAAUUGGCUCAAAAUAUCAAAUAUGUUUGAUAUCCUCUAACUGGAUGGAAUCAGAGUCUAAAGACAAAAAAUCUGAGUUUGUAAAUCUGUGUAAUCUGUCAGCUCAAAUCUGCAGACAGGCUCUGACUUUUGGCAACUUGCAUCAUCUUGUUCAAACUGUUGGGGGAAAAUCGGGGCAAAAGUUGUGUAGUGUAUUCCAGCCUUUAUGCAAUAAUCCAUUCAUAUGAUAAUAUUUGCAUUGGUAGAGAAUUAAGCUGAGGGUCUACCUAUGGGGGAUCUACCAAAAAUAUCACUAUAACAGUGACUUAAAUGACUUUCUUUUAACUCAGUAAUAACUAUUUAGCUAUUUUCUCAUAAAUGCUGAAAGCUACAGUGUUAUUUGGGGGCUACAAACUGUGAAAGAUAAGAUGUAACUCUAAUUGUAACAUGAUUAACACAGUGUUACUUCAUAUCUGAAAAUAACCCAUUAAAGCAUGUACCACAUGUUAUUUUAUGUAUGUUUACCUGGCACCUUAUAUGCACCACUUUUUAAAACUGGUAAGGUUUUUAAUCCCCCCCCCCCCCUUCAAAAACAUCUGUUAAGCUCAUCAGUGCUGCAUUUAUUUGAUCAAAAAUAUUAUCAGUAAUAUUGUGAACUAUUAUUACAAUCUAAAAUACCUUUUAAUAUAUUUUAAUUUAUUUAUUUAUUUAGGUGUAAUUUAUUUAAGCAGCCAUUACUCCAGUCUUCAGUGUCUCGUGAUCCUUCAAAAAUCAUUUUAAUAUGGUGCUCAAGAAACAUUUAUUUUUAUCAGUGUUGAAAACAGUUGCACUGCUUUUUUUUUUUUUCAGGAUUCUUUGAUGAAUAGAAAACUCAAAAGAACAGCAUUUAUUUGAAACAGAAAUCUAUACCAUUAUAUUAAUGUCUUUACUGUCACUUUUGAUCAAUGUAAAGCAACAUUGCUGAAUAAAAGUAUCAAUGUUUUUU